AUGAACAGAGAAGUGAGCGACCUCCACGCCAAGGUCGCUAUGAGAACUAUAGCGUCCUAUCUGACACGAGCCUCUAAUAGGUUGCACGAGCGCUAUGUUCGAGAGGCCAGUCACUUUCUACUUGCCGGGUAUAGCGAACAGGGAACACCGUCAAAGAAGGCCAAAGCAACUCUCGGUGAUAUCGUCUUUACAGAAAAAGAUACAAGAGAGGUCCAUUGGCCCCACAAUGAUGCUCUUGUGGUCCAAGCUCGAAUUGAGAACGUUGAAGUACGAAGAAUUAUGGUAGGCACAGGCAGUUCGGUGAAUGUAAUGUAUAGAGGAUGCUUCGACCAAAUGGGCUUAGGGUUGGAUCAGCUAAUGGCCUCCCCGGAGCCGCUUUACAGUUUCACUGGGGAUGCGGUGACCCCGACAGGAUGCAUCAGGCUCCCUCUUAGGAUUGGGGACUUAGAUCACCAGGCUACUAUAAUGAUGGACUUCUUAAUUAUCAACUGCCCUUCGGUGUAUAACGUUGUCAUGGGGAGGCCUGCAAUGAACGACCUGAAUCUGGUCAUCUCGACCAAAGCUUUGGCUAUUAAAUUCUCGACUCCAAAUGGGAUUGGGUGUAUGAGAGGCUAG